AGAAUAGCAGAAAAGAUAUGCGCGAAUUAUAACGAAGAUACGGAAGACAAACAUGAUCUCGUAAUGACAAAGUUUGUCGUGUUCGUUGACAAAAGUUUGAUUUCUUAUCGUGUAAGAUAUGACUGCCAUUUUUAUUCGAGCUACAAGACUUUUCUUGUAGUAUUCUUCGAUGAAAAAUCAGAGCACGUAAUCGCGGUACUUUUCAAGUUGAACUGGCCGACUUAGAAACUCUGUUCGAAUCAUAAUUAUACUGUCUGUCCAUUGGGAGCAUCAAAGUUUAAAUUAUCGGUUAUGCACUGUCGCAUCCCGAUGGGAUACAAGCUGAGAAUAACAAAUCGAAGUAAAUAGGUAAGCAGUAUCCGGCACGCGUAUCCUUUCACGUUACAUUGUCUCUGGGAAAUAGGAUUGUACAUCCGGAGUAAUCGCGAAUUAAAAUAAGAAAAAAUUAUGGAUAUUAAAAUUUUUAAACAGCUUUUUCUAUCGACGCGCGCCCAGUUGAGAAUCACUUGAGACUUCGGAACGAAUCGGAAAAGUUCGGAUGGAUCGGAAGAAUUCGGGUCGAUCGGAAUAAUUCGGGUAAGAUCGGAUCAGAAUAAUACCAAAGAUGGCGAAUUUAUGCUGAAACGUAAUUUGUGUCUUACUAAUUAUAAAGUAUUUUUGUAACAUUAUCCGCAAAUUUUGGAUAGUUUCUUGAAUGAUCGUAAUAAAUGGAUCAAAAUUGUUACAUCACCUUUCGAUGAGUGUAUCAAGGAGGAUAAGUGACCAAAUAACGCGUAACGAGAUUCUGGUCGGCCCCAAUCGUGGUUCAUCGACGCAAUUAUUCGAUGAUACAGUUGUAAUGAUAACGAGCUGCCUGAUCAACUGUGGGAAUGCCACUGAUCGACUCGACCGACCCGAUUGAGUCGAUGACGAAAGAGAAGGAACAGAAAAAAUAAAAGAAACGGAACAAUGUGGACCGAGCAUAUUCUAUAUUGUUCGUAUAAUUUCUUCAUGGGUCAUGGUUCAAGCCGUUCCGCUUCAUCCGCAAACAUUCUAUCAGCGGACGAACUAACCUUGGUGGAGAAUCUUUUCAAGUCGAUGUCUAGAAGUUCAGGUUCCAUAAAACGUGAAGAUAUAUUUAAACAUUGGUCCACCCAUUUGGAUGAUACACUAUUGCAAUUUGUAGUAAAGUUUCUCUGUCAUGAACCAGGGAAAAGAGUUUCUGCUAUUAACGGAGAGAAUUUUGGUAGACUCUAUGUGUUUGCUGUUCGUGGAAGUCCAGAGGAGAGAACUAACUUAAUUUUUAACGGUUUCUCAGAAGAGGAACAGAAACAUGAAAUACCUACUACUACAUUCCUUCAAUAUGUUCAAGCUACUAUAAAUUCCUACUUGAGAUUACAAAAAAAUUCUGGCAAUUCACACUAUUUAACAUGGAGUAGUAUUGGGUGUACAGUGAACACUAGAAGGAUAGGAAUGAGAUCUAGAAGUUUAUGUGAAGAUCUAGUCAAAUAUGGAGAUACUUUGUCUACCGAACAAGUGGAGAAUUGGUUUUCCACAGCAGCUACUUUCAAAACUAUCCAAUCGCAUGUUUUUCAAUGCCUUUUCCUCAUUUCUCAGAAGAAAGGAGACAAAAAUACCAGUGGUAAAAUAAACGAUUUGAAUCUUUUGCCAGGUUGCAAGGGUUUGGAAAAUAUACCACACUUUCCUAGUAUUCUAGGAUUGGGUGAUGUUUUGUUUUUGAACUUGAGUUUGCCUCAUGAACUUCGCAACGAAUGGAGAUUCCUAUUUUCCAGUCAAGUGCACGGGGAAUCAUUUUCUACUAUGCUUGGAAGAAUAACCAUGCAAGGUUCCACUAUUAUAAUACUUCAAGACACGGAUGAUCAUGUAUUUGGUGGUUUUGCUUCGAAUAGUUGGGCAACUGGGCCAAAUUUUAUAGGAAACGAAUCUUCCUUUUUUAAACUUGAACCAGAUAUACUUACAUUUUCUUCCACUGGUUACAAUAAUCAUUAUCAGUAUUUAAAUCUUCAUCAACAAACUAUGCCUAAUGGUUUGCUUAUGGGAGGCCAAUUGAAUUAUCCAGGCUUGUGGUUAGAUUGCGAAUACGGAACUGGAAAAUCGAGCGUAUCCUGUACAACUUUUCAGAAUUAUAUUCAAUUAAGUGGCAAGGAGGAUUUUAAGAUCAAACAUUGUGAAGUGUGGGGAGUAGGUCCUAUUCCAGAAAUAGAAGAAGAAGGACGCGAUUCGAAAUCAGUUUUGGACCAAGAUUCUUCUUCGAAGGUUAUAUUGGAAAUGGCUGGCCGCAAAAUGUACAGCGAAGGAUUACGAGAGGAAAAAGAGUAAUUGUGAUACCAGAGACUUUACACAGAAUGAAAAAAAGAAGAAGGAAAAAAAAGCAUAUCAGGCUACUUAAAUCUCUAUCAGCUUUUUAGAAACAAAAGAAAAUCAUUGUAACACAAUAUUUGUAACUCAAUGAUAAAAUAGAAAAAAGAAAAAAGAUGAUAUCAUAGUUUUUGUGAACGUUUUAACGGAUAUAUAAUGAUAAAAGAAGCUUGUUUUUUUUCUGUUCGCUAAUUAAUUUGUCGAAGAAUAAAAUUCUAGAUCUCUGUAACGGCCUGAUUUCUAAUAUUAUUAAUCAUUUUUAAUCAACUCUGCGAUCGAUAGAGUGAUAUAACACUUAAAAAAAAUAAAAAAUAAAAAAAAGAAAAGAGGAAAAAAAUAUAUCGAGUUGCUGUUUUUUGAAUGCCUAUUAUCUAGUGCCUGGUGAAUCAUAAAUCAUUUUUAAUUGGACCUCUUAAUACAUUAAAGAAAGUUUAUCGAUGAGAAGAAAUUUGUACAAUACAUAUUUAUUAUAUAUAUAUACAUAUAUAUAUAUAUAUACAUAAGACUGUAUAUGUGUUAUUCAUACAUGACCGACAGUGGUCACUGUUCACUCUAUUGUCGGAAGAAAGAAGCCAAAGAAUUUACAUUGCACUGUUCAAUAUAAUAUUACAAAAGUUCAAUAAAGAAUUGGAAUCUUGAAA